AUGGCAAAUCAAUAUAAAGGAUGUUGUGUGUCUAUUAAUUGUGUGGAUGGUUCAGUCGUUCAAGGUGAAGUGAGCGGUAUGUCGGAUGACAAUGAAACUCUAAUCCUAAAACGACCAUUUAAAAAUGGUAUACCACAUACUGAAAAAGAAAUUCGUUUAAAAGCCUCGAUGAUAGAGAACCUAAAGAUUAUAAAAGCGCAACUAGAAAAUGAACCAGUUAUCAAUAAUAGCCAAGUAGCCAAAAAUAUUAAAAAAAGUGUCCCAGUACCUAAACCAAACAAUGUCAAGCAAAAGAAUAAAACAAAAAUUGCUUCUAAUUCUGAACCUGAACAACCACCGCAGAAUUUUACAAAUCAUAAAGAAAGAAAUGAUGCUUGUUUUGGUGUAUCACUUGAUACAAUUGUCAAGGAAGAUUUUGAUUUCGAAAAAAAUUUAGCUUUAUUCAACAAAAAAGCUUUUUAUAAUAAAAUUCAUAAGAAACCAGAUCUUGUUCCACAUGAAAAAGUUUCAAAUAAAUAUAAACAUAAUGAGAAUGUAUUACAUUCUACUCCAGUCAAAUUCAGACAAGUUACAGUUCCUUCCCCUGCUAUCAAUGAGUAUAUAACAGAUGAUGGACUAGUUGUUCCAAGUAUAACAUCAGAAUUACGAUGGAAACUGUUUAAUCUAGUGGAAGAGAAUGGUUUAACAACAGGACGUCAAAAUGAGAUAAUUGGGCGAGCUGCUACUGAAAUGGUGUUGCAACUUUUAGGUGGAGGUUAUAGAUUUAAUCCCAGAAAUGAACACCAAUGGCCUAGAGUAGUGGUUUUAUGUGGACCUAAUCGAUCAGGUGCAAUGGGUGUGAAUUGUGCAAGACAAUUAAGCAGUUAUGGUGUCCAUACUGUAGUUGUACUUUCUGAACCAGGAUUGUAUACUCCACAGUUAGCUAAUGAAAUGGCUUUAUAUCAAUUUACAACUGGUACACUUAUUACUAGUGCAGCAGAGUUGCACGGUUUAUUAGAUCCAGAUUUUGUAGUAGUAUCUUUGGCUGAUGAACAAACUGAUACUGUAUCUCGAAAUAUUACUAACUGGGCUAAAUCAGUUAGAUCACCAUUAAUGGCCAUUGAUCCUCCAUCACAAGGUACACCUUCAGUAGUAGUGAAAUAUUCUCUAGUACCUGCUUUACCUUUAUCUUACAGUGAAUCAAAUGGUAAAAUUUAUCUUUGUAAUAUGGGUAUACCUACUCAAGUAUUUCAUUUAACUGGAAUCCAGUAUAAAUCACCAUUUGGUUCUAAAUCUGUAAUACCCUUACACAAUAAUGAGUGA